UUUCGCCCAUUCCAAGCCAUGAGCACCGGCGUCCGAGCACGCUCCGCGCGGCCGCCGCAGCGAAGAGGAUGGGCUCAUGGAGACAUCUUGGUGGAAGAGAGCCAUCUUGGCGCUGAUGCUACGCCGGCGCGGGCAGCGCUGCCGGCGAAGACGACGCUGCCGCGGCUCUACCGCGUCGUCACGUGCGCGCUCCUCUUCCUCGUGGGCACGGCCGCGCUCAUGUACCGCAACCUCGAGCUCCAAAGCGCGCGCGAAGACCGUCUUCUCAUCGAGAUCCAGCAGUCGAUCGCUGAGAUGGACCAGAUUGCUGCGGCGGCGGCCACGAUGGAGGCCCACGCGCAGCGACUGGCGUCGAUUGCGCAGACGCAGCUCGAUGCGCAGAUGCAUGCGCUCGAGACUGGGCGUCUCGUGACGCAGCAAGAGAAGGUCCGCGCCGAAGUCGACGCGAUCCACGUAGAAACCAUGCAGCACAUGCAAUCGAUGAUGGAAGCCAUGGUCGAAAAUACGCGCAAGGAGGCCCUCGACAUGAUGCUGCACCUCUCCGACGACCUCGCACACGACCCCGUCGCACCUGUCGACGACGAGCCUACGCGCGACGGCGAGCUAGUUGACGAGCGCGUCACGGAGCCAACCCAUGUUCCGACACCGCUCGCACCUGUGCCUGUCGCACGCCCAUCGAACGCAACCACGGCCGCCCGUCCACGCGCGAUCGACAUGUUUUCGACGCCCCGCUUUUGGGUCUUCUCGACGCUCUGCACGACUUGCAUCGUCCUCGUCGUCGUCUCGUGCAUGCAGCGGCGCGCUACGUUUGUGCGCUAUCGCCUUGCGACACAGCGCUUCUUGCACCGCAUUCGCCUCGGCAUCUACGCUCUCUGGUGCCGCAUCUGCCGCGUCUUUGGCGGCGUGCGUCGCGCGUGGCACUGGCUGCUGCUCAAGAAGAAGCAGCUUUCGACGGCCGUCUACUGGUCCCCGACCAAGGGUGACGUCGCAUCGUCGCCGUAUCCCGAGGACGAUGACGACGAUGACGAGAACGAGAACGAGAAUGCAGAAGACGAGAGCGUCUACUUUUAUCCACAGACGCCCAACCCAGGUCGCCAGACGCCUGGCCGCACCGACGCGCCCCGCGUGCAGUUUAGCUUCAGCGACGACGAAGACGACGGUCUCGAUGUGACGGGCUCGUUUGGCCAGAGCCGGCAGUCGCACUAUGUCAAUGCGCAGUCGUACGAAGACGUCUUGACGCCGCUGCCCGCGGCGCGGCUUCCCAAAGCGGGUUUUCAGUUUGGCCAGCGUGCGCGUACUCAACUUGGCCGGUAGCCAAAUAGAAUAUCAACGUCUGCUGUAUAUGUACAGUGCAUGUUCGUAUCGAUCCUGAUGCGGUGUCCAAGGA